AUGGCAAAACCGGAUUCGGGAAGUUCACCAUAUUUACCCAGUGACGAAACUGAAUUCGAGAAUCUAAGUUUUGAUCCCAUUGCACUGGAGGACACAUGCGUACAUAAGGUGUACGACUCCAUUGCCGAGGAGUUCAGCUCCACGAGACACUCCCCCUGGCCCGGGGUUGUCCGCUUUCUGCAAGGACUACCGAUGGGUGCAUUGGGAGCAGAUAUAGGUUGUGGGAACGGUAAAUAUCUGCUUGCAGCAGUAGAACGCCUUUCCGCAUCGCUUGAUGGUCAAACAAAAACUCUACGUCUGGCUCCAAUUUUGGCGCUCGAUCGGAGUGUUCGACUUUCCCAGAUUGUUUACAAUAGAGGAUUCGAUGUGGUAGUUGGUGAUAUUAUGCGACUUCCUUACCAAGCCGGUCGGUUAGAUUUCUUCCUUUGUAUCGCGGUCAUCCAUCAUUUGUCGACCGCUGAGCGUCGGCUAGCAGCGAUUCAUGAAUUAUCUCGGCUACUCCGCCCUGGGGGCAUGGGUCUUAUUCAAGUUUGGGCUAAAGAGCAACGAGAUCCAACCAGCUCGGAACCCGCGCCGUAUUUACGUAAGAGUAAACUACGAACUGGUGGCUCUGAUAUGACACAAGUGGUUUUGGAACCCAUUAAAAAUGUACACCUACCCUUACACGUCUCCGGGACUGAGUUCACAUCCUCCGAUAUGCUUGUUCCGUGGAAGCGGAAAAUGAUCCAAUCGUUAUCAGCUCAAGACUCAGUCGAGGAAUCCAACGCUGAGAUUCCAGGGCGUUAUUAUCACCUUUUUGUCCAAGGUGAAUUGGAUUUUCUAAUCGCGCAGGUUCCCUCUCUGCAGCUGCUUCGUGUAUAUUAUGAACGGGGUAAUUGGGCGGUAGUCGUUUUGAAAAUUGAUCCAGAAAUACACAUCCUUCAUGAUUAA